AUUUUUAGAUGUUAAAUUUUAUUUAGUUUUCUUUUAGGUGUUGAAAAACAUUCUCCUAAUGUUUAUGAACUUGAUACAACUAAUUUAUCAUUAUGGUAUGAAAAUGUUGAACAACGAGCUGAAGCUAUUAUUGAUGCUUUUUUAAAAGAUGAAAAAAUUCCAUUUGAUGCUCUUCCAAAAACUCCAAUAGAUGAACCUGUUUAUGAACAAAAUACAUGUUUAGCAUGUCAACGUGUAUUUCAUAUGAAAUCACAAUGGCUUGAUCAUUUAAAAAGCAAACAACAUAAACGAGUACUUCGUACAACAGAUCGAGCAGCAUAUCGUCAAAAAUUGAAUAAUGCUAUACCAUCAUUAUUGAACACACUUGAUUUAUUAGAAAUGAAAAAAAUUUCUGAAAUAGAGAAAAAGAAUGAUGAAUUUGAAAUAGAUAAUGAAAUGAUAGAAACUUUAGAAAACAACAAUUGA